AUGGAGGGGGCUUUCUGUUCUGGGGUCCUGCUGCUGCUGCUGCUGGUGCUAGGAGCUGCUGCGUCCCUGGCGUCCCCAGCGCGGGCAGGUAAGGUGGCUUCCGAGGGCCUUGGGUGCAGUGCCCAGUCCUCCGCCGGCCUCACGGCCCCUUGUCCCCUCGCAGCCUGCGGGCACCCCCAUGUAUCCAGUCGGAUCGUAGGGGGCCGUGACGCCCGGGAGGGAGAGUGGCCAUGGCAGGCCAGCAUCCAGCGCGCUGGGGCGCACGUGUGCGGCGGGUCGCUCAUCGACCCCCAGUGGGUGCUGACGGCGGCGCACUGCUUCCCCAGGCGGGCCUUGCUGUCCGAAUACCGCGUGCGCCUGGGGGCGCUGCGCCUGCACCCAGCCUUGCCUCCCGCGCUCUCCGCGCCGCUGCGGCGGGUGUUGCUGUCUCCAGACUACUCCGAGGACGCGGCCCGCGGCGAUCUUGCGCUGCUGCAGCUGCGGCACACCAUACCUCUGAGCGCCCGCGUGCAGCCCGUCUGCCUGCCCGAGCCUGGCGCCCGCCCGCCUACAGGCUCCCUGUGUUGGGUCACCGGCUGGGGCAGCCUCCGCCCGGGAGUUCCGCUCCCGGAGUGGCGUCCCCUGCAGGGAGUGAGGGUGCCGCUGCUGGACUCGAGAGCCUGUGACCGCCUCUACCACCUGGGGGCCAGCGUGCCCCAGGCCGAGCGCAUUGUGCUGCCUGGGAACCUGUGCGCCGGCUACCUGGAGGGCCACAAGGAUGCCUGCCAGGGGGACUCCGGAGGGCCCCUGACCUGCCUGCAGUCGGGGCGUUGGGUGCUGGCCGGCGUGGUGAGCUGGGGAAAGGGCUGUGCCCUGCCCAACCGUCCCGGUGUCUACACCAAUGUGGCUGCCUACAGCCCCUGGAUCCUGGCUCACAUCAGUCUCUGAUGCCGGUAGGAGCCCAGCCUGGCCAACGCCUGGACCUCAGCCUGGUGGAGUGGCAGCUGAGCCUGAAGCACUGCCUGGCCUUUGG